GCGACGUGCGAAAUGACGGCUAUCAAGAAGGAUGAAGACGCCGAUGUCGUCGAGAAAACGUCGCAAAAGUUGCCCACCGCGUCUCCGAUCCUGCAACAGAGCUGUAUGUUCGGGAUCAGACAUCUGCAAACAUUGCUGCUUUUCCUGGCCAUGACCAUCGGAUACACUCUCAGGGUUGGAAUGUCAGUUGCCGUGGUUCCAAUGGCGAAUUCGAGUACCGCGAAUCCAAAUAUCGAGGCUUAUGGUUGGAACAAACAAGAGAAAGAUUUGGUACUCAGCUCGUUUUUCUGGGGCUACGUGGUGACACAAGUGCCGAGUGGCUACUUGGCCAAUGUCUGGAGUGGUCAGAAAAUUCUCUGCAUCGGAAUGUUUGUCUGCGGAAUUUUCAAAAUUAUUACGCCGGUCGUCGCUCAUUAUGGAGGUCUGCCGGCUGUCCUGGUUUGUAGGGUAGGCAUGGGUCUCUCUCAGGCUUGUCUAUUACCUUGCAUUCAAACUCUUCUCGCCAAGUGGGCACCGCCCGAUGAAAGAGCACGACUGGGAACAUUCGCUUAUGCGGGUGGUCAGUUUGGUACAGUGAUCGCUAUGCCGAUUGCUGGAAUUCUCGCAGAAUCGAGUGUUGGUUGGCCCAGUAUCUUUUAUCUAUUCGGUACAUUAUCGAUCAUCUGGAGCGUAGUAUACUAUUAUUUGGGAGCAGACGCACCGUCCAAUCAUCGCAGUAUUUCUCAAGCAGAAAGGAUGUACAUAGAAGAACAAUUGAGAACAACUGAAGCGAAAAGCGAUGAUGAAAUUAAGAAGAAGAUGAAAACACCAUGGAAGGCGAUGUUCACCUCAGUGCCUAUGUGGGCUCUCAUAAUAGUUCACUGCGGACAAAAUUGGGGGUAUUGGACUCUAUUGACAGAAAUACCAAGUUACAUGACAGGCGUGUUGAAUUUCAAAGUUCAGGCGGGCGGUAUAUUUUCCGCUCUGCCAUACUUGGCAAUGUGGAUUCUGAGCUUCCCUAUGAGCUGGUUUUCUGAUUACGCGUUGAAGAAGAAUGUGUCUAGGGCUGUAGUCAGAAAGGUUUCGAACACAGUGGCCCAUUGGGGUCCGGCUAUAGCCCUGGCAUGUAUGAGCCUCGCACCCACUGAUGAUUAUACCUGGGCCGUUGUCAUUCUUGUCAUAGCAGUAGGUCUAAAUGCUGGAUCUUUAUGCGGUUUUCAAAUCAAUCAUAUUGAUCUUAGUCCAAACUUCGCCGGGACCAUGAUGUCUGUUACCAAUUGUUGUGCCACCGUUAUCUCCAUUAUCGCGCCGUUGAUAAGUGGUGUGAUUGUGUCCAACGAGAGCAGCGCGUUUCAAUGGAACAUUGUGUUCUAUGUCUCAGCAGCAAUUUACUUCCUAGGUAACUUAGUAUUUGUGAUAUUUGGUAAGGGCGAGGUGCAAUGGUGGAAUGAUCCAGAGGCACAAUCAUCAAAGAAACAAAGAAGAAACGAAGAGAAUGAAACGCGAACUUAAGAUUUAUUUAAUUUGAUACGUUCUUGAAAUUUUGUAACUUGCCAUAGGACUAUAAUGUGUGACUUAAAAUCAAUUUGUAAAUCUGAAGUUAGGACUGGAGUUGAUUUAUAGUAAAUUUAAUUUUAAAAAACUCUUAUCAAAACUCUUCUUAAAAUCGAAAUUACGAUCAACUACAAAAUCAUUAUUUAUUGUCGUCAUCGACGAAU